AUGAUCUGGGAGGUGUGCGGCUUCACCCCAUAUGAGCAGCGCACCAUGGAGCUGCUCAAGGUCUCCAAAGACAAGCGUGCCCUCAAGUUCAUCAAGAAAAGGGCAUUGGCGAGGCGGCCUGUCAAUCAGCGCUCGGGCGGCAGCCCCCCGCGCGGGGGCUCGGAGAUGCCAGCCUCGGCGACAGGCGGCGGCGGCAGCCACGUAACUGGUGUUUCCCUUUUCAUUUCAGAAAGUCGUAUGAUCUUGGAUGCCUUUGCCCAGCAGUGCAGUCGAGUACUUAGUCUCUUAAAUUGUGGCGGAAAACUUCUGGACUCCAACCACUCUCAAUCUGUAAUUUCUUGUGUAAAGCAGGAAGGCUCUAGUUACAAUGAAAGACAGGAACACUGUCACAUUGGGAAAGGAAUCCACAGUCAGACCUCAGACAGUGUAGACAUAGAGAUGCACUAUAUGCAGAGGAAACAACAAACUUCUGCCUUUUUGAGAGUUUUUACUGACUCUCUCCAAAAUUACCUGCUCUCGGGGAGCUUUCCGACUCCAAACUCCUCGUCAGUCAGUGAGUAUAGCCACCUGGCCGAUGUGGAUCCCCUCGCAGCCUCCCCCGUGCACACACUAGGUGGCUGGACCUCCCCAGCAACGUCGGAAUCCCAUGGCCACCCAUCCUCUUCUACACUGCCGGAGGAAGAGGAGGAGGAGGAGGAAGAGGAAGGCUACUGUCCUCGAUGCCAGGAGUUGGAACAGGAGGUCAUUUCACUGCAACAGGAAAACGAAGAGCUCAGGAGGAAAUUAGAGAGCAUUCCAGUUCCCUGCCAGACGGUGCUGGAUUACCUGAAGACGGUGCUGCAGCACCACAACCAGCUCCUGCUGCCACAGCCUGCCGACCAACCAACUGAGGGAAGCAAGCAGCUGUUGAACAACUAUCCUGUCUACAUAACGAGCAAACAGUGGGAUGAGGCCGUCAAUUCUUCAAAGAAAGACGGGAGACGGCUCCUUCGAUACCUCAUCAGAUUUGUUUUCACAACUGAUGAGCUUAAGUACUCUUGCGGCCUUGGGAAAAGGAAAAGGUCAGUGCAGUCAGGAGAGACAGGUCCUGAAAGACGCCCUCUGGAUCCAGUUAAAGUCACGUGCCUCCGAGAAUUCAUUAGGAUGCACUGUACCUCCAACCCCGAUUGGUGGAUGCCCUCAGAGGAGCAGAUAAACAAAGUGUUCAGCGACGCUGUGGGUCACGCUCGGCAGGGGCGUGCAGUGGGGACUUUUCUGCACAACGGUGGCUCAUUUUAUGAAGGGAUCGAUCACCAGGCUUCACAGGAUGAAGUCUUCAAUAAAAGUUCACAGGAUGGAUCUGGGGAUUAGUGGACAGAAUCUUCCCCACUGUAGCAGCCAGUCUUUUCAAGAGCUCCAAUUGUAAAUGUCUGUGUACCUGUCACCUGAGAGUCCAAAGCAUGUUA